ACUUUCCCUUGCAAUAUAUAUAAACAUCAAACUUUCGUUCUUGGUUUCAAUAUUAUUUGCGUCUCUCUUUCUUUAUCCAAUAUGAAGUCUCCUACCAUUCUCAAGUUCACAAUUUCUCUCCCUUUCUUUUGUAUGCUUUUGUUGUUUGCUUCCACAGUGAAUCCUGUAUUUGGUUUGAAAAGGUGCAACUUUCCAGCAAUUUUUAACUUUGGUGACUCAAAUUCUGACACCGGUGGAUUGUCUGCUUCCCUUAUAAUAAUACCACCACCUUAUGGGGAGACCUAUUUUCACAAACCUGCUGGAAGGGCCUCCGAUGGCCGGCUCAUGAUCGAUUUCAUGGCAAAGAGUCUUGGUCUCCCUUAUCUGAGUGCCUACCUUGAUUCCUUGGGGACCAAUUUCUCACACGGUGCAAAUUUUGCCACGUUUGCAUCCACAAUCAGACUACCAACCAAUAUUAUACCUGCUGGUGGAUUUAGUCCCUUCUACCUCGAUAUACAAUACUCACAACAAUUUGUGCAGUUCAAAUCCAGAUCACAAAUGAUUAGGAAAAAAGGAGGAAUAUUUGCAACUUUAAUGCCCAAGGGGGAUUAUUUUUCAAAAGCAUUAUACACAUUCGAUAUCGGCCAGAAUGAUCUUGGUGAGGGGUUCUUUGGUAACAUGACCAUAGAGGAAAUCAAUGCUUCUAUCCCUGAUAUAGUAAACAAGUUCUCCAUUAAUGUUAAGAAUAUAUAUAAUUUGGGAGCCAGAUCAUUUUGGAUCCAUAACACGGGACCAAUUGGCUGCCUUCCCUAUAUUUUGGCCAAUUUUCCAUCAGUUCAAAGGGACAGCUAUGGUUGCGCAAAGUCUUAUAAUGAUGUAGCUCAAUAUUUCAACCACAAUUUGAAGGAGGCCAUAGUUCGACUCAGGAAAGAUCUUCCGUUAGCUGCAAUCACAUAUGUGGACGUCUACUCUGUCAAGUACUCUCUAUUUACUAAACCAAAGGAAUAUGGAUUUGAGCUUCCUCUCGUUGCUUGUUGUGGAUAUGGUGGCAUGUACAAUUAUAGCAGUAGUGUUGGUUGUGGAGGAACAAUCACAGUCAAUGGAAGCCAGAUAUUUGUUGGUUCAUGUGAACGCCCCUCAGUUAGGGUAAAUUGGGAUGGGAUUCACUAUACAGAGGCUGCAAACAAGUUUGUUUUUGACCAAAUUUCAACCGGAGCCUUUUCAGAUCCACCAAUACCCUUGAAAAUGGCUUGUCACAACAUUUAUAUUCAUAGGCACAGCUGCAGAAGCACCUAUAUAUAAAUCAAAAUAAUCUUGUACUGCAAGUUAUUAUGUACUCUUAAUUAUCGUCUCCCAUAUAGAUAUUGGCUUAAUUCUGAAAUAGCCUGCCAUGUACUUAAGAUAGUCCUGUUAUAUAUGUUGCAAAAGCGGAAGCUUUAAUAUCAAUUUGUUGAGAAUA